AUGGAGUUUUCAGGGCUUGUUCUUCUGACUGUUCUCAUCUCCUUCAUUAAAAACAGUCUUGCCAGCUCGUGUGUGGUAGAUAACUUCGAUGUUAUGGAAAACUUUGACCCAAAGAGGUAUGUUGGGAAGUGGUAUGCUUAUUCAAAGAAGGAUCCGGAGGGACUUUUCCUACAAGACAACAUUUCUGCUGAGUACCACAUAGAUGAAGAUGGCAUUAUGACUGCAACCUCCAAAGGAAGAGUCAAGUUGUUUGGGUUCUGGACAAUCUGUGCUGAUAUGACUGCUCAGUAUUCAGUACCCAACCCCUCAGUCCCAGCUAAAAUGUAUAUGGAAUAUCAGGGGUUGGCUAGCUACUUAUCUAGUGGAGGAGACAACUACUGGGUUUUGGAUACAGACUACGAUAACUAUGCCAUCACCUAUGCCUGCCGUACACUAAAGGAUGAUGGGACGUGUGAUGACGGAUAUGCUAUCAUCUUUUCUCGCUCUCCUGGCAGUCUUCCUGAAGCCUUACAGCGCUUAGUCCAAAAGAAACAGGAAGAGGUCUGCAUGGCUGGAGAAUUUCAUAAAGUGCUACAGUCAGGAGCAUGUUAAUUCGGCCUUGACUGGAUCCAAAACCCAACAGUGACCCAGCAAAACAUCAGACUAAGAAGCUUCACUGAAAGACAGAACAUUAGAUGAAGAAAAUAAAUGUAAUAUGAAAUUAUGUGUCAGCAGCACUGUGUACACACAAAACAAUAUCAUUUUAAUUGCUUUGUACUAAACAGUUGGGAAAAGCACUGUCUCUCAGUCCUUCAAUCCUUAA